AUUAAAUAAAUAAAUAAAAAGAAGAGGAGGAAGAAGAAGAAGAAGUGAAGGAAAGAAGAAAAGAGAAGCUUUGUAAUUCUCAAUUUAACUGCAAAACGGAAUUUGCUACUGAGAGAGAUAGAGCAGAGAAAGAGACCUUUAUUAGGGUUUUGCGUCGGCGAUUAGAGCUCAACCGCUGCCUUCAUCAUGGUUCUUUUACAGCUAGACCCGUUUCUUAAUGAACUCACUAGCAUGUUUGAGCACACCACCGAGAAGGGUUCUGUUUGGGUUACUCUUAAACGAUCAUCCUUAAAGUCUAAGCUGCAGAGGAAUAAAAUGGCAAAUGGUGGCCAAACUGAGUAUAGAUGCCUUAUCCGUGCUACUGAUGGGAAAAAGACGAUUUCUACUUCAGUUGGAGCAAAGGAUCAUCAGCGCUUUCAAGCUUCUUAUGCAACUAUCCUCAAGGCCCACAUGACAGCUCUAAAGAAGAGGGAGAGAAAGGAUAAGAAAAAGGCUGCAGUGAAUGAUAAGAAAGAAGGGGUUGCUAAGAAGCCCAAGAGGGCGUAAAUGAGUCCCUUUUUUACUAUGUACUCUCUUCUCUUCUUCUUUUUUGUUUUUUUUUGAAUAGAAAGAAAGAAAGAGACUAUCUAACAUGAACCAAAAAAUUUUCAAUGUUGAGCAAGCACGGGGACUGAAGCAUAUGCCUUUUGUUAGAUGUUACCCUAUAAUUGACUAUGUUUUCAUGAUAUGGUUGAAUAGAGAGACAGAGACUUUGCCCCAUGUCUUAAUGACAUUUGAUUGAAUGCAUAUGAAAGAACUAUAUAUAGUA